GCAGGCACGUGCCGAGGGUUCCAGCUUGGGGUUGGGGUGCAGCGGGAAGAACAGCCGGCGAGCGACAGAGCGACGACGAGGCGGGAGGCGCCUGGCGCCAAGCUCUUCGCUGCGCAGGAUCUGCGCGCGGUCAAGGGCGGGUGCUGGGACCACGACCUCGCCCCGUCGCGCCCGCUGUCCACUCUUCGGAGGGGGAGGCUGAGGCCAGCUCCGGGUGCUCCCGGGGCGUCUCAGCAGCCUCCUGGACAGGAGGAGCGUGGGCCGGGCACAGGGAGAGCGCCAGGGGCGCGCCAGGAGGGCUCCGGCCGGGAUGGAUGCGCGGGUGCCAGGCGGCGGCCCCGCCCCUCCCUAUCCUUUCCGCCCCCGGGGUCAGCAAAGCCAAUGGACGCCUGGGCCUUGCGACAGCGGCCAAGGCGAUUGGACAGCGGCUCAUGAAAAGGACACCGCCUUUUUAUAGGGUACGGAGGGCGGGGUCGCCUCCGAGUCCCAGGCAGUCGCACGACGUGCUGCCCCCGCCACGCGCCUGCCGGGCCCCGCAAGCCCCGCGCCCGCUGGCUUGCGCAUGGCCCCGGCGUCGCUCGUCAUGAACUCGUCGGGGCUCAGGACCUGUGGCGGGGACGGCGCGGGGCCCGGCCCGCUGCCCUUCAGUGUCGAGUCGCUGCUGGAGGCGCAGCACCGGCUGGGCCCGGAGCCCGCGGAGCCCCGGGAGGCGAGGCCGCGGGGCGCUGCGGAGUCCCGGGCCAGGUUCCCGCCCGCCGCCCGCUCGUCCUCCCCACGCGCCCCCAGUCCUCCGCCCUGCACCCUCCGAAAACACAAAAACAACCGCAAGCCACGGACGCCCUUCACCACCGCCCAGCUGCUGGCGCUGGAGCGCAAGUUCCGCCAGAAGCAGUACCUGUCCAUCGCCGAGCGGGCCGAGUUCUCCAGCAGCCUGAGCCUCACGGAGACACAGGUGAAGAUCUGGUUUCAGAACCGCCGGGCCAAGGCCAAGCGGCUGCAGGAGGCCGAGCUGGAGAAGCUGAAACUGGAGGCCAAGCCGCUGCUGCCCGCGUUCGCCCUGCCCUUCCCCCUGGGCACCCACCUUCAAGGCUCCCCGGGCGCUUAUGGCGGUGCUACGGGCACCCUGCCUCAGGUGCCAGGACUCUUCGCAGCGCCUAUCACCGCUUACGGCGUGUAUUACCUCUCCUAGGGGACUUGGCACACGCCUUGCCAGGUGGUGGCCUGGGGAGACGGCAGGGGAGGGCGGCGCAGGACAGGAAAACCUGUUUCCAGGAAAACCCCCUGCGUCCUGUCGGUCUUUUUUUGUUUUGCGUUUCAGGUUUUUGUUGUUGUUGAUACAAUGUUAUAAUUGAUGCCUCAAGCCUAUUUGUGGGUAUCUUACAGAUAUUUAAGAACUUAAAAAAAAAUUUGUUCUAAACGCUUUCCUGAAAGACAGUGAACACAGUUUCAUACGGUGGCCGGGUGGAGCUUCCUAUUUGUACAAGGCAGCCAAUAAAGUAUUCUGAAGUUUA